CAGAGAUCAAUAUGAAGUCUAAAGUCUCCAUCUUGAUACAACUUCUGCUACUGCAAUAUCUGUCAGUUCUCUCUGUUUCUGAGGACUUUGAUUUCUUCUACUUUGUUCUUCAGUGGCCAGGAUCAUACUGCGACUCACAACAGAGUUGUUGUUACCCAACAAGUGGGAAGCCUGAAGCAGAUUUUGGAAUUCAUGGUCUCUGGCCUAAUUACAAUGACGGUUCAUACCCAUCAAACUGUGAUCCUAAUAACCCUUUUAAACAAUCUGAGAUAUCAGAUCUGAUAAGUAAUCUACAGAGGAAUUGGCCGACACUGGCAUGCCCAAGCGGUAACGGAAUACAAUUCUGGAGCCAUGAAUGGGACAAACAUGGUACCUGUUCUGAGUCUGUCCUUCACCAACAUGACUACUUUGCUUCUGCUCUCAACCUCAAGCAACAAGCCAACCUCCUCCAAGCUCUCUCUAAUACUGGAAUAGAAGCAGAUGGAGGGUCUUACAGCUUGAGCAGCAUUAAAGCUGCUGUAAAGCAAUCAACUGGGUUUGCUCCAUUCAUAGAGUGCAAUCAGGAUUCUUCUGGAAACAGCCAGCUUUACCAAGUUUACUUGUGUGUUGAUAUUUCUGCCUCCAACUUCAUGGACUGUCCUAUCUUCCCUUCCUCCAAGUGUCCCUCUCAUAUUCAGUUCCCUUCUUUCUGAUUGCUUCCUUAGAUUUUCAUUCUAUAUAACAGCCUUAUCAUAUAGAGUUUAUAUAUCUUAUUAGCAGAGUUGCAUUUCAUAUUUACAAUCAAGUAGGGCAAUAGACCAUGGUUGAUGAUUAUCAGAAAAGUAAUUAUACUGUUAAAAAGGUGCUUGUUCUGUUA